AUGGGUAUCCUGUCCGUCCCAUUGAACCGUUUCGACGAGGCGCAGCUUGUGUUGGAAUCGCCCCUCCCCGAUGGCCAUCGGCCAGCAAGCCUUCCUGUCCAGAACCCAACCAAGUCAUUCUGGAUUGACACUUCGGGUGCCAAUCCCCUAGCCAAGGAGGGCAGCGCAGGCGAUCUGACUCCCGACGCCGAUGUCUGCAUUAUAGGCUCUGGCAUAACCGGCGUCUCAGCUGCCUACCAUUUGGCGAAGGCGACAAAUGCAUCGGAUAGAAGAAACGGUGGACACUUGACACCGGCAGCCUUCCUUGACUUCACUCUGGCUCAGGCUGCUCACGGAACCGAUGAGGCCAUUCGUUCACUCGGUCUUGAACAGUACACGGUGGCGGAGAUCGUGAAGAUUCUAGAAGAGAAAGAUGUGGCUGAAGCCGUUGACUUGGUUGCGGGUGGCCAUACGACGAUGUUAUUUACGGAUGCAGAGCUGGAACAGGCUAAACGCGAUUUCGAAGCGGCAAAGAAUGCCGGUGUCGACUUGAGCGAUGUUGAAUGGAUAUCUCGGGAGGAAAUGGAGACACGGUUUGGUGCUUCCUUCCCGGGAUUCCACUUCCCAAGCUAUAACCUCUGGCCCCUCAAGCUCGUCACUGAACUAUAUCGCAAAGCAUCAAAGCUUACCUCUCUCCACCUUCACACGAAUACGCCUGUUGAGAAGAUCACCUCGAUCCCAGCGAAUGGAUCUCGGGCAUUUCGUCGAUGGUCACUUCAUACCGGACGGGGAAAGGUGGCUUGUUCAUAUGUGAUCCACGCCACCAAUGCAUACGCUAGUCACCUUCUUCCGCACAUGAGUGGCCCUGAAGGCAUUGUGCCGACUCGGGGGCAAAUUGUGGCCAUUCGUGCAGACGCGCCGAGUUCCAAACUUUCAAAGGCCUCGUGGGAUGGAAAUGAAGGGUUCGAAUACUGGUUCCCGAGACCGGUAUCCAGCGCUGACGAAACCCCAUUGGUUAUCCUCGGCGGUGGGCGAGAAGCCGGAUCAAAGUUUGAGUAUUACGAAACCGACGACUCCAGUGUAAACGAAGCCGUCGGCCAGGCUCUCAGGGGGUUUCUCCCCAGUGUGUUCCCUAAGCUGUAUACUCGAGGCAAAGACCCUGAGAUGGAAUGGACGGGAAUCAUGGGCUAUACAAGCAUGCGCGAUCCCUUCGUUGGACCUGUAUUAAGACCAGGCGGAAACAAUGAUGAAUUCGAGGGACAGUAUAUCGCAGCAGGGUAUACUGGCCACGGCAUGCCUCGUGCCUUCGCCUGUGCGGAAGCCGUUUCGCAGAUGGUUAUGGCAAAAGUCAUGGGAAAUGAAUGGGUUCGGCCAAAUUGGUUCCCUGAACGGUACUUGACAUGGAAGAGAUAUAUCACCUCGAAAUAG